AAAGAUGAGCGAUUUGAACAAAGUGCCAACAAUUUCUACCAACAACAGGCAGAAGGCCACAAGCUAUACAAGGAUCUGAAGAAUUUCCUUAGUGCAGUCAAAGAAUAAUGAUCUUCUUUGGGAAGACUAUGAAGAAAAACUGGCUGACCAGGCUUUGAGGACCAUGGAAAACUAUGUAGCUCAGUUCAGCGAGAUUAAGGAAAGAAUUGCUAAGCGGGGACGGAAACUCGUGGACUAUGACAGUGCCCGACACCAUCUGGAGGCAGUGCAGAAUGCCAAGAAGAAAGAUGAGGCCAAGACGGCCAAGGCAGAAGAAGAGUUCAACAAAGCCCAGAUUGUCUUUGAAGAUCUGAACCAGGAACUUCUGGAGGAGCUGCCUAUUCUUUAUAAUAGUCGAAUUGGCUGUUAUGUGACCAUCUUCCAAAACAUUUCCAACUUGAGGGAUGUCUUCUUCAAAGAGAUGAGCAAGCUGAACCACAAUCUCUAUGAGGUGAUGAGCAAACUGGAGAAGCAACAUUCCAACAAAGUCUUUGUGGUGAAGGGACUAUCAAGCAGCAGCAGACGCUCUUUAGUCAUCUCUUCUCCAGUUCGAACCUCUACAGUAUCCAGCCCUCUUACCUCACCUACCAGUCCUUCUGCACUUUCCUUGACAAGUGAGAGUGAGUCUGUCUCAGCAGCUGAAGAGCUGACACCUGAUGCAGCCAAAGGAGAAGGCAAUUCUGAGAUCAAAGAAGAAUCUUUAAAAGAUGAGGAAAUAGAGGAGCAUGGGUCUGAAGCAAGCUCCUCUGAGGAUGAUGAGCCUUUAUCAGGCUGCAGUGAUCCAACACAGGCCCAGCCCUCUCCUACCAGUGAGGAUGGAAAGUCCCAGGAGGAAGUUCUCCCUUGCUCCCCAGCGCCAUCACCAGGCAGAGCGCUGCCCCCAUCAGAGCAGCCUUCAUCAUCUCUGCCAGAAGUCAUCCUCCGAACCCGUACCUCAAGUGAAGGAUCUGAACAAUUAAAGAAGAAAGCCUCUAUCCAGAGGACCUCAGCACCCCCUAGCAGGCCUCCUCCACCCAGAGCCACUCCAAGCCCCAGGACCUCCUCAGGGAGGUCCAGCCCUCCAGCCUCUGGAGGCAGUUCACCCACCAGUCCCAGAGCUUCCUUGGAGCCUGGGACUCCAAGUCCUAGGGCAUCCUUAGAGGCCUCUCCUAAUCCAGAACCACCAGAGAAGCCAAUAAGAACUCCUGAGGCCAGAGAAAAGGAAAAUAUCCACAACCUGGACCCAGAAGAACUGUGUAUUUCUCCUACCUUGAUGGACUCUCAGGUUUUCUCAGAGCCCGGAGAGGCAACAAAGGUGGAAGAGAAUAAUAAGGUUAUCUCGACUGACUCCCCUGAGGGCCAAGGCCUUCAGCUUCAUGACGCUGCGGUUCCAGGAGAGAGCAACCUCACAGCACCUGAGCCUCAAGAAGAGGUAUCUGCAAGUCAAAAUGCACAGCUCUGAAGAGAAACCGCCAAGACAACCCCCCCACCCCCACCCCAACACACACCUCCCUAGGGCAGUUCCUCAACCCCAGGGAAUAAGUCAGAGGGAUAUAAAAGCAAACAUUCCUUUCUCAAUUCUCAGUAUGAAUGCUGAUGGUCUCUAAAGAGUUGGCAUUAAUGGGGGCUGAGGAGCAGCCUUAUGGGAGGGAGGGAGAGAGCAGAGACUUAGGAGUAGAGAAUGUUAGACUCGGAAUAUUUCAUUCAAGUUUUAGCAUUGUUAGAAGAGUAAGCUUUUUUAUAUUAAGUAUAAUGGGACUAUAAUGACUAUGAAAAGCAAAAGUAUCUCCAGACACACACUUGUCUACAUAGAGACACAUAAACACACACAUUCAGGAAUAGUGAUAGAUCUUUUACCUACCACUUAUUUUCCAAGACUUAAAGCUAAAAGAACAGAUUUUCAGAUUGUUGAAUAAAGUAUGAUUCUGACUA